UCCCUUUCAAGGAAAUGACAUGACCUGCUCAUGAUUUUUUCAUGGCCUGAGCUAAUGCCUGGAUCUUUCCUUAAUCUCUACAUCUGCACUGUGCAGGUCUGAGGAGGCCAUUACCAACUGGAGUAAUCAAGAAUGGAUUAAUGGAAGCAAUGUUUAGUUGUACAUCAAAGGAAGUCUUGCCUUUCUUGACCAAAAGCCAUGAGUUGGAUGUUCCUCAGAGACCUCCUAAGUGGAGUAAAUAAAUAUUCAACUGGAAUUGGUCGAAUCUGGCUGGCUGCUGUCUUUAUAUUCUGUUUGCUGGUCUACAUGGUAGCUGCAGAACAUGUUUGGAAAGAUGAAAAGAAGGAGUUUCAAUGCAACAUUAGGCAGCCUGGUUGUGAAAAUGUCUGUUUUGACUACUUUUUCCCCAUCUCCCAGGUUAGGCUUUGAGCCUUGCAGCUGAUCAUGGUCUCCACCCCUUCUCUUCUGGUUGUUUUACAUGGCUACUGUGAGGGCUGGGAAAAAAGGCACAGUAAGAAGUUUUACAUUAGGCCAGGUAACAUGGACGGGAGCCUGUGGUACACUUAUGUCAUCAGCCUUGUUUUCAAAACUGGAUUUGAAAUUGGCUUCCUGCUUUUGUUUUACAAUUUGUAUGACGGAUUUAGAGCACCCUACCUUGUGAAAUGUGGCAAUCCCUGCCCAAGCACUGUGGACUGCUUUAUCUCCAAGCCCACUGAGAAGAAAAUCUUCCUUUACUUCUUGCUAGUCACAUCAUGUCUGUGCAUUGUGUUGAAUAUCACUGAGUUUGGCUAUUUGGUUUUCAAAAGUUUUGUUGAGUGUUGUCUUCAACGAUAUGCUCAAAAUUUUAGAUCCUCAGCUUGUAAGCAUCACAACCUUAACUAUGUCACAUGGAAUGAGAUUAAUGCCCCCAACCUGCUCCAGAAGCACAAUUCUGACUGUUUCAGAAGCAUCUCUCAGAAACUUGAAGAAAGUGGUUUGCAAGACGAGUGA